GCCAUGUCCUGCUACGACCUCUGUGCCCCCACAUCCUGCGGCCCAACCCCGCUGGCCAACAGCUGCAACGAGCCCUGCGUGCGCCAGUGCCAGGACUCCACCUACGUGAUCCAGCCCUCGCCCGUGGUGGUCACCCUGCCAGGACCCAUCCUCAGCUCCUUCCCCCAGAACACCGCCGUGGGAUCCUCCACCUCUGCCGCCGUGGGCAGCAUCCUCAGUGAGGAGGGGACUCCCAUCAGCUCGGGGGGCUCCUCCUCGGGAUUUGGGAGUUUUGGAGGAUUUGGGGGAUUUGGGGGAUUUGAGGGAUUUGGGUACAGCCGGCCUUCCCGCCACUACAGCUCCCGCCCCGGGGAGCCGUGCUAA